AUGUUUGGUGUGUGUUUGGUGAAUGUUUGGUGUGUGUUUGGUGUGUGUUUGGUGUGUGUUUGGUGUGUGUUUGGUGUGUGUUUGGUGUAUGUUUGGUGUGUGUUUGUGUUUGGUGUGUGUUUGGUGUGUGUUUGGUGUGUGUUUGGUGUGUGUUUGGUGUGUGUUUGGUGUGUGUUUGGUGUGUGUUCGGUGAGUGUUUGGUGUGAGUGUUUGGUGUGUGUUUGGUGUGUGUUUGGUGUGUGUUUGGUGUGUGUUUGGUGUGUGUUUGGUGUGUGUUUGGUGUGUGUUUGGUGUGUGUUUGGUGUGUGUUUGGUGUGUGUUUGGUGUGUGUUUGGUGUGUGUUUGGUGUGUGUUUGGUGCGUGUUUGGUGUGUGUUUGGUGUGUGUUUGGUGUGUGUUUGGUGUGUGUUUGGUGUGUGUUUGGUGUGUGUUUGGUGCGUGUUUGGUGUGUGUUUGGUGUGUGUUUGGUGUGUGUUUGGUGUGUGUUUGGUGUGUGUUCGGUGAGUGUUUGGUGAGUGUUUGGUGA